AUGGCCCGGCGCACGCAGAGGCAGAAAUUUGCAGGCAUGUGGGAGUUUCCUGGCGGCAAGGUCGAGCCGAAAGAGCGCCCUGAAGCGGCACUGAUCAGGGAACUGCAGGAAGAGCUUGGGAUCGAGGUGGACGAGGCAGAUCUCCGACCCUUGUCUUUCGCCUCGCAUCCUUAUGACAACUUCCAUCUCUUGAUGCCUCUCUAUGAAUGCACAAGGUGGCGCGGGGAAGUGAGUGGGAAGGAGGGCCAGGAAGUGGAGUGGUGCAGCGUUGCAGAGAUCCGGCGGCGGGAUCUGCCGCCAGCUGAUUUGCCACUGGUAGACGCGGUGGAGCGUGCGGCUCAUUUGCAUGCGCAGACAGCACUGUCCAUUGCGACCUGA